AUGGACGGUCGAUGGUGCAACAGAGCGGCUAUAUAUUAUUUUUGUUACGGUUGCUCGGCGAAUCGGCUACGUACUUCGGAGUUUAGACCACAAGAAGCCGAUACCGCGGCGAAGACUUUCAAGCGAAGGAACGGCGGUCGUAACAAGCAUGGCCGCGGUCACGUUAACUUCGUCCGCUACUCCAACUGCGGAAAGUGCUGCCCCAAGGACAAGGCAAUUAAGAGGUUCCUCGUGAGGAACAUAGUGGAGCAGGCUGCCGUCAGGGAUGUUCAGGAGGCUUGUGCUUAUGAGGGGUACCUUCUUCCAAAAUUAUAUAUCAAGAUGCAGUACUGUGUCUCUUGUGCAAUCCACUCCGAGGUUGUUCGGGUGAGGUCUCGCACGGACAGGAGGAACCGUGAGCCGCCGCAGCGUUUUAGACGCCGGGAUGAUCUUGCAAGACCUGGUCAAGGUCCUCGUCCAGUUGCGGCUGGAAAUCCUGCUGCUCGUCCAUGAUGCCGAGGUUUUCUGUGGACUAUAUUGUGAGUAAAAUAAAGAAAAGUAUCCAUUUAUUAUC